AAAAAUUUUCACGCGGCACUUCGUUGCUGAUUGGAGCUAUAUAUACCAAAGGCGCGAUCAAACUGGCAAAGAGUAUUCAGAUACUUUCCCAAAUCAAAACAAAGUAAACGGUCAAAAUGGUUUGCAAAGGCUGCGGAACUAACUGCAAGUGCCAGGACACCAAGUGCGGCGACAAUUGUGCCUGCAACCAGGACUGCAAGUGCGUGUGCAAAAACGGGCCCAAGGAUCAGUGCUGCAAGACCAAGUAGUCAAGUAGUUUGGGCCGAUCGAUUGAUUGAAAACCAAUAAAUGAAAGCCCGUGUGGCAGCCUCAAAGCAUAUCAACA